GAUUGUCCAGCUUUCUUAUGUGUCUAGAUCUCUCUGCAAGGCCUCUCCACCCUUGACAGAGUCAACAGCUCCUCCUAGAUUAGUAUAAUCAGCAUACUUGCUCAAAUCACCUUCUAGUCCUACAUCCAGUUCAUUUAAGAAAGCACCAAAGAGAAUGGAAGCCUGGGGUACCCUGUUAGUGACUGGCUGCUAGCCUGAUGUUAUCCUAUUUACUAUAAUCAUUGGGCUUGACCUAUCAGCCAAUUGUUCACUCACUGCAUUAUGUUUUUGUCUAGCCAUAUACUGGACAUUUUGUCUAGAAGAAUACUGUGAGAAACAGUAUUGAAAGUUUUACUGAUCCCCUCAUGAACUCAUGUUGACUACAACCAAUGACCACAUUUUCCUUCAGGUGUUUUUCAGUGACUCCCAUCAUAAUUUUCUCCAUAAUUUUAUCAGGCACUGAAGUGAGACCGAAAGGCCUGUAAUUAUCAGUGUCUUCCUUUUUGUCCUUCUCUAUUCUCUGAUGCCAUCAUUGACGUCACCUCCCUCCAACUGUGAUGCAGGCAGGCACUCUGGCGACUCGCAGUCCACCCUGCAGUGAGCCAGCCCCAGAUGUCUGAUGAUCUCUGGUUUAGCAGCAAGGUACAAGGAUCUUUGUGCUGUUGUCAUUGACACAGGGAUGGGCCACACCAGGAGCGGACUGGCUGGGGAUGAGAGGCCACGAGCAGUGGUGCCCAGCCAGGGCGAGGAUGGUUCCAUUCUCACUCACGGUGUGGUCACAGACUGGGACAGGCUGGAAGAGCUGUGGCAUCACAUAUUCUACCACGAUCUGGCUGUGUGCCCUGAGGAGCUGGCUGUGCUGGCCACCGAUGCCCCGCUGUCCCCUGUCAUCAACCGUGAGAAGGUGGCCGAGCUCCUCUUCGAGGGUUUUGGUGUGCCAGCCAUGCUUGUGAUGCCCCGCCCUGUGCUUGUUGCCUACUCCUAUGGCUGUACCUCUGGUGUGGUGCUGGGCUCUGGUGCCGGCACAUCUUAUGCGGUGGCAGUACAGGAUGGCUACGUGCUUCCCCAUGCCUCUUUUCGCCUGGACUUGGCCGGGAAUGAUCUUACAGUCUACCUGGGCCAGAUGCUGGCAGCCCACAGAGUGCAACUGCCAGCAGAGACACUCCAGCACCUGAAGGAGACACGCUGCUGUUGCCACCCACCUGGUGCCCACUCUGAGCCCAUGGGGCCCCUCCUUCAGGAUGAGUACUCCCGCUGUGCUGAGGCUCUCUUCACCCCUGAGGCCCUGGGGGUGCCAGGCCCGGGACUACUAGAGAUGGCAGCCCGCUCCCUGCACCUCAGUGGAGCCCAACCUGGCAACGCCCCACUGCUGCUGGCUGGGGGCACAACACUGCUGUGUGGCUUUGCUCAGCGUGUGGCUCAGGGCCUGGGCAGCGGGCACCCUGCUGCUGCCCCCAGCCGCCAUGUUGCUGCCUGGCUAGGAGGAUCCAUUGCUGCUUCCCUUGAUGCCUUCCAGGGCUCAUGGCUUCCACAGGAUAUCUACAAUGAGAACGGCCCCAGUGCUGUGCACCAGCAUUGCUUCUGACCCUGCUAGAGAGCUGCAGGGGGUAGCAUGCAACUACAUCUG